AUGCGUAAAGGACUCGGAUUGGAGCGCUGCUGCGAACUAACUGAGGGAAGAUGACUGCAGAUCUUGGCGACCAUUCCUUGCCGCCAGAUCUGGCCGAAGUGGCGCGGCGGGAACUCAACGAGACGCCGGCGGCUCGGACGGAAUGCCUUAUCCAAUUCCGCCGCAGACUCACGCGAAACGCGCUCUGUUACGGAACGUGCAGCGAUGACGGAGGAGAGGAAGAUGGCUACUACUCUGCAGAGUCGAGCGCUAGUAGCGAAGAGGGAGUUCCCGACGACAGGUUCCUCCUGCGGUUUCUACGGAGCAAGAAGUUCGACGUGCAGAGGAGCUACGCCAUGUACAAAAACUACCAUCAGUUCUUCCGCGACCAUCCGGAGCUCUCGCUCGGCCUGGAUGACAUCGAGAAAAUUCGUCACGUAUGGGACGCAGGAGUUGUGGGCGGCCUGAAGGAGAGAGACGCGCACGGUCGCGGAGUGCUACUGACGUUUCCAGGACGCUGGGAUCCGGCUUUACAUUCGCUGGAGGACGUGCUACGGGCGCUAGUUCUGCAGCUCGAAUUCAUGAUCGCUAGCGAGGAGACGCAAGUCCGCGGGUUCGUACUGGUGGCAGACUUCACCGAUUUCUCCCUCUACCAGAUGAGGUCCCUCAAGCCGUGGUACUUUCAAACCAUGUCGACACUCAUGCAGAAUGCAUUUCCAGCUCGUUUCAAGGGAGUCUACAUUAUCAACCAACCGUGGUACAUGAGUGUACCACUCUCCAUUAUCAGACCUUUUCUCUCUGAAAAAAUCAAGACAAGAGUGAAUAUAUUGGGUAGAGAUGUGAGGACUCUGAGGUCACAUUUCAAGACUGAUACCCUGCCGAGAGAGUUGGGUGGUUCUUGCGGUGUCUACGAAGGCCGCAGCUGGGCAGAGCUCAUCGUACAGGCACACUCACAG